CCUGUCGGACCGAGUCGGGCCCAGGGCUGUGCGGGGCCUGCCGGCGGGUGCCAUGGCACCGACACGGGCUCGGCUCGGCCUGGCCUUGCGAGGAGCCGGUAAGCUGUUGCUUAUUUAUCCUGCGACUCUACCCUGAAUUCCUCUGAACCAUGGGGGAACACAGUCCUGAGAGUGUCAUCUAUUAUGAAGUGGAGGAAGAUGACUUGACACAGGAGGAUAAACCGUUAAGGUUUGUGGACAAGAAUGGCCUUGUCUCAUCUUUGUCACGGACGGUGUACGACAGAACAACAGUCCUCAUUGAACAAGACCAAGGGUCACUGGAGGAAGAAGAAGAUGAAGGGCAGUGUGGCGAUCCUCUGCCUUUUCUACCUGAAGGUCAUGAGGACAGGUUUCAUUUGAUAGCGGACCAUGAAGGAAUAUCCCAGGGUUACGUCCAGCACAUUAUUUCUCCGGAUCAGAUUCAUUUGACUAUCAAUCCUGGUUCAACUCCGAUGCCACGAAACAUAGAAGGAGCCACCCUCACUUUGCAGUCAGAGUGCCCUGAGACCAAGCUUAAAGAAGUGAAACGCUACCAGUGCACAUUUGAGGGGUGCCCUCGUACCUACAGCACCGCAGGCAACCUGCGCACCCACCAGAAGACACACCGAGGGGAAUACACCUUUGUUUGUAACCAGGAGGGCUGUGGGAAGGCUUUCCUGACCUCUUACAGUCUCAAAAUCCAUGUUCGAGUCCACACCAAGGAGAAACCUUUUGAGUGUGAUGUUCAAGGCUGUGAAAAAGCCUUUAAUACACUGUACAGGUUGAAAGCCCACCAGAGGCUUCACACAGGGAAAACAUUCAACUGUGAAUCAGAGGGUUGCAGCAAGUACUUCACCACGCUCAGCGAUCUGCGCAAACACAUUCGGACUCACACAGGGGAGAAGCCCUUUAGGUGUGAUCAUGAUGGCUGUGGAAAGGCUUUCGCUGCAAGUCACCACCUGAAAACGCAUGUCAGAACACACACAGGUGAGAGACCCUUCUUCUGCCCUAGCAAUGGUUGCGAGAAGACCUUCAGCACACAAUACAGCCUCAAGAGUCACAUGAAGGGGCAUGAGAAAGGCCCCUCCUACACUGUGCUCUCCAACAGCAACAUCUCUGAGGAUACGAACCACUCGCUCUGCCUGAGCGACUUGAGCCUCAUGUCCACGGAUUCAGAACUGCGGGAUAAUUCUAAUCCAAUGCACGGACAGGACCUGAGCACCAUCUCACCAGCCAGCAUUUUUGAGUCCAUGUUCCAGAGCCCGGAGCCUCCUGCCACUCAGGAAGACUCUCAGCAGACAGCCGCCUUGAUCGAAGGUGUUGGUGGCGACGCAGACCCGGCCCCUGCCAGCCAGCCAUCAGCAGGAGAGGCCAGACCUUUGUCCCUGCCGCUCGUUCUGCACCUGGGUAUCGCUGAGCCCGCCCACCCCGUGCCACCCCCAGCCCCCUCCAGUCCUCCGCGAGAAGCGUACGGAACCCCAGCUGCUCUCUUACAGACCCCAGAAGUGCCUGCUCCAAACAGCACAUUCUUUGCAGCGAAUCCUCAGAGCUUCCUGCAGCCCGUUCAGCCGCCCCUGCCGCCCCUUGGGACUGGGCUUCCUGUGGCCCCGGGUGCUCCCGCGCAGGCCGUGGCCAGUGCUCCGGAGGUGCUACCUGGCGGCGUUCAGACUGUGCCCCUCGGAGGGAGCUCUGUGCUGUCUGGCAGUCCGACCAUCACCAUAACCCCUUCGCAAAGCGCAGCCAUUCUGCAGUCCAGCAUCGUCAUGGGGGAGCAGAACCUCCAGUGGCUUCUCAACGGUGCCAGCAGGAUGUCCCAGAACCAAGAGCAAAUGCCGCAGGCCCCGGUGGUGGAGAACGUCUUCUUUACUACUGCCGUGCCUGUUUCUGCUAAUGCAGGGAGCUCCGUGCAGCAGAUUGGCCUGAGCGUGCCCGUGAUCAUCAUCAAGCAAGAGGAAGCCUGCCAGUGUCAGUGUGCCUGCCGGGACAUGGGCAAAGAGAAAGCCAGCAGCAGGAAGAGCUGCUCCCCGUCUGACCCCAAGUCCUCGGGGGAGCCUCCGCCAGGGCCUCAGCCCUUCCCUGUUGCCGCUGCCCCCUCUGCUGCCACCCUCUCUUCCACGUUGCCUCCUUCCUGCGAGCAGAGCGCUCUGGCGGGGAAGCCGCCGGACUCGCAGACCCGAUCCCUAAGUGCCAUGGACGUUUCCGACUUCCUUUCCCUCCAGAGCCGUGAGGCCCCCUCCCCGCUGAUCCCCCUCGAAGCCCUGCUGCAAGGGGAGGAGGAGCUCGCUCUGGGCAGCACCUUCCCCAAGUGA